AUGCCUGCUUAUCCGGAAUUUGGUACCGCUGAUCAAGUAGAGCUUGAUGCUGCGGCUAUCUUCCAGAUCACCCGCCAUCUCCACGACCAGUUCCCUCGCUCGGCUGGCGGAAUCCUCUUGGGUAUGGAGCUGGAGGGAACGAUUGAAGUGACGGAAACCUUCCCUUUGCCGCCCUCUGCUUCUGAGGGCGACGGUUCCAAUUUGCGUAGCAAGGCUAUUUUGGAGUACCAGAGCCAAAUGAUUGAACAGCUCAAGCAGGUUGGCUCCGACACCCAGAUUCAGGGCUGGUACGUGUCUAGCUCGUUGGGGGCCAUUUACGAGCAGAGCUUUUUGGACAACAUGUUCUUUUACCAGCAACAAAACCGCGAUGCUGUUAUGAUUGUUCACGACGUUGCCAUGUCCCGGGAAACUAGCACUUUGGUUCUUAAGGCCUUCCGUCUGAGCCAGCAAUACCUGUCGGCUCGCAGAGAGAAUAAGUUUACCACCGAGAGCCUGGAGACUAACAACUUGGACUUCCACGAUUUGCUCGAGGAAUUACCCAUUCGUGUCCACAACUCCUGUUUGACCAACUUGCUGAGCACUCAGAACAGCCAGCAGGUUCCCACGCUCAAGCAGCUCGAAGUUCCUAACCGGACCUUGGUGGAGAACAACAUUGAGGAUAUCUUGGACAGCAUUGAUGAUUUCAACUAUGACCAGAACAACUACAACUAUUAUCAACGGCAGCUUAUUCGUGAGAAACAGAAGGUCCACGCAUGGCAGCAGCGCCGCCGUGCUGAGAAUGCCGCUCUGGAAGCUGCUGGUAAGCCCACACAGUCGGUUGAGGAGUGGAAAGUUCUUUUCAAGCUGCCUGAGGAGCCGUCGCGUCUUGAUAACCUGCUUAUUUCUGCCCAACUCCAUGAGUAUUGCGAACAGAUUGAGGAGCUGGCUGCUGUCGCUAGCACAAACCUCGUCGCACCAAAGUUUUAA